AUGGAUAUCAUCUUAGGAAUCAGACUACAAGACGCCACGCUCGUGGCCACCUCUAAGGCCGCUACCAGAGGAAUCAGUGUGUUGAAAGACACCGACGACAAGACCAGAAGAUUGAAUACCCACAACUUGGUGGCAUACACGGGAGAGGCAGGUGACACCGUCCAGUUCGCCGAGUACAUCCAAGCCAACAUUCAAUUGCAUACCAUGAGAGAAAACGAGAUUGAGUUGAGCCCCAAGGCCGUGGCCUCGUUCGUCAGAUCGCAAUUGGCCACCUCGAUUAGAUCUAGAAAGCCCUACCAAGCCAACGUGUUAAUUGCUGGAUAUGACGUCAAAACCAAUACCCCCACCUUGAACUGGAUAGACUACUUGGGUACCCAGGUGGAAUUGCCCUACGGGGCCCACGGCUACGCCGCCUUCUACGCGUCCUCCUUAUUGGAUAGACACUACAGAAAAGACAUGAAGUUGGACGAUGGCGUGGAGUUGUUGAAGUUGUGCUUGAAGGAGUUGGAGUUGAGAAUGCCCAUUGAUUUCAAGGGGGUGUACGUUAAGGCUGUUACUAAGGACGGUAUUAGAGAUAUCGAAUUGAAUUAA